AUGGAGGGAGAGGUGGAGGAGGUUGUGGAGUCGGAGGAAAAGAAGGCUAAGAGACUACUAUACUGUUCUCUCUGCAAGGUGGCGGUCAACUCUGCAUCCCAGCUACAGGCUCACAACAGCGGCACGAAACACAAGACAAUGCUGGAGGCCAGGAGCGGCGACGGAGCCAUAAAGUCAUUCCCCAGGUCAGGGGUCAAAGCCAAGCUGGCCACUCCCACUGAGGUGUCGACUGGGCUCCAGAACAAAACUUUCCACUGUGAGAUCUGCGAUGUGCACGUCAACUCCGAGACACAACUCAAACAGCACAUCAGUAGUAGAAGGCAUAAAGACCGUGCAGCAGGGAAGCCAGCCAAGCCCAAGUUUAGCCCCUAUGGUCUGCCGUCUCAACGCAACCAGAAUCUACAGACAGUUGGGAUCACUCUGAGGAAGGAGCAGGACUUGGCAAAGCCUCUCGUCUCGUGCCUCUUACAGCGCCAUCUCUCCCUCGCUGCUGCUGCUGCCAUGGCAACCCUGUCCCCGUUCCAUUUGCGCCCUGCCCCUACAUCUGGCUCCGCCCUCUUUCAGACUCAGCCCCUCCACCAGACCCUAUUACAUCCUGCCCCAGGACCUCUCCGUACGGCACAUACAUCAGUUCUGUUCUCACCGUACUGA